GCCUCGCAGCGGCGGCAGCGGCGGCGGCGGCAGGUCCCUCCCCAGACAUGGCCCUGGGAGGCGGCAGCACAUGGCAGCCGCGGCGGCCAUGAGCGCGCCCCCGACCCGCCCCAGUCCCCCCUAGAGGCCGCCGCCCCCGCCCGCCAGCCCGCCCGCGCGCCACGGCCCCACCACCCCCGGCCCCGCCGCCCCCCGCCCGCACCCGCGCCCGCGCCCCCGCCGCCGCCAUGGGCGUGCAGGGCUUCCAGGACUACAUCGAGAAGCACUGCCCGAGCGCCGUGGUGCCGGUGGAGCUGCAGAAGCUGGCCCGGGGCAGCCUGGUGGGCGGCGGGCGGCAGCGGCCCCCGCAGACCCCGCUGCGCCUGCUGGUGGACGCCGACAACUGCCUGCACCGCCUCUACGGCGGCUUCUACACCGACUGGGUCAGCGGCGGCCAGUGGAACCACAUGCUUGGCUACCUGGCGGCGCUGGCCAAGGCCUGCUUCGGCGGCAACAUCGAGCUCUUCGUCUUCUUCAACGGCGCGCUCGAGAAGGCCCGGCUGCACGAGUGGGUCAAGCGGCAGGGCAACGAGCGCCAGACGGCACAGCAGAUCGUCAGCCAUGUCCAGAACAAGGGCACCCCGCCGCCAAAGGUCUGGUUCCUGCCGCCCGUCUGCAUGGCCCACUGCAUCCGCCUGGCGCUCAUCCGCUUCCACGUCAAGGUUGCACAGAGCAUUGAGGAUCACCAUCAGGAAGUGAUUGGUUUCUGCAGAGAGAAUGGUUUCCAUGGCUUGGUUGCGUAUGACUCUGAUUAUGCACUGUGCAACAUCCCCUACUAUUUCAGUGCCCAUGCCCUAAAACUGAGCCGGAACGGGAAAAGUCUCACCACAAGCCAAUAUCUGAUGCAUGAAGUUGCCAAGCAACUGGACCUGAAUCCAAAUCGUUUUCCUAUUUUUGCUGCUCUCUUAGGAAAUCACAUUCUGCCUGAUGAAGAUCUGGCUUCCUUUCAUUGGAGUUUACUUGGUCCAGAACAUCCACUAGCCUCACUAAAGGUCCGGGCCCACCAGCUGGUCUUGCCACCUUGCGACGUAGUGAUCAAAGCCGUUGCUGACUAUGUACGCAACAUUCAGGACACCUCUGACUUGGAUGCCAUAGCUAAAGAUGUUUUCCAGCAUUCACAGUCUAGAACAGAUGACAAAGUUAUUCGAUUUAAGAGAGCAAUUGGAUAUUAUUCAGCGACUAGUAAGCCUAUGUCAUUUCAUCCACCACAUUACUUAGCAGCCAGACCCGGUCCGUUUGGAAUGCCUGGGAUGGUGCCGCCGCAUGUUCCUCCUCAGAUGCUCAACAUUCCGCAGACCUCUCUGCAAGCAAAGCCCGUGGCCCCACAGGUGCCCAGCCCAGGGGGCGCCCCGGGCCAGGGUCCAUACCCGUACAGCCUCUCUGAGCCAGCAUCUCUCACUUUGGACACGAGCGGGAAGAAUCUGACGGAGCAGAACAGCUACAGCAACAUUCCUCACGAAGGGAAGCACACGCCGCUGUAUGAGCGGUCCUCGCCCAUCAACCCGGCCCAGAGCGGCAGCCCCAACCACGUGGAUUCCGCCUACUUCCCUGGCUCUUCUACAUCGUCAUCUUCCGACAACGACGAGGGCAGCGGAGGGGCGACAAAGCCUUUCCAACUCUACUUGCAAAAAAACUUUGUGUUUCACAAAGAGAAUUCCAUCGUGCUCUGCUCCAGGAUCCUGAGGCAUGGCCAUAUCAGUGGGAACAAGAUUGGCUGGGAGAAGACGGGAAGCCACUCAGAGCCUCAGGCACGAGGAGACCCAGGAGACCAAACAAAGGCAGAAGGCUCGUCCACUGCCUCUUCAGGAAGCCAACUAGCCGAAGGCAAGGGAAGCCAGAUGGGCACUGUCCAGCCAAUCCCGUGCCUCCUGUCGAUGCCCACCAGGAACCACAUGGACAUCACCACACCUCCCCUGCCCCCCGUCGCACCUGAGGUGCUGAGAGUGGCCGAGCACAGGCACAAGAAGGGGCUGAUGUACCCCUACAUCUUCCAUGUCCUGACGAAGGGUGAAAUCAAAAUUGCUGUUUCUAUUGAAGAUGAAGCCAACAAGGACCUGCCUCCGGCCGCUCUGCUCUAUAGGCCAGUUCGUCAGUAUGUUUACGGAGUCCUGUUUAGUUUGGCAGAAAGCAGAAAGAAAACUGAGAGACUUGCUUUUAGAAAGAACAGACUUCCACCAGAAUUUUCACCAGUGAUCAUUAAAGAAUGGGCAGCUUACAAAGGGAAGUCUCCUCAAACCCCGGAACUGGUUGAAGCUCUUGCCUUCAGGGAGUGGACCUGCCCCAACCUGAAGAGGCUGUGGUUGGGUAAGGCGGUAGAGGACAAGAACCGCAGGAUGAGGGCCUUCCUGGCCUGCAUGAGGUCAGACACCCCAGCCAUGCUCAACCCUGCCAACGUGCCCACUCACCUCAUGGUGCUCUGCUGCGUCUUACGGUACAUGGUGCAGUGGCCGGGAGCACGCAUCCUUCGGCGUCAGGAGCUAGAUGCCUUCCUGGCUCAGGCGCUGUCCCCCAAACUCUACGAGCCUGAUCAGCUCCAGGAGCUCAAGAUUGAGAACCUAGAUCCCCGAGGAAUUCAGCUAUCAGCUCUCUUCAUGAGUGGAGUAGACAUGGCCUUGUUUGCAAAUGAUGCAUGCGGACAGCCAAUCCCCUGGGAACACUGUUGUCCUUGGAUGUAUUUUGAUGGGAAGCUCUUCCAAUCCAAACUCCUCAAAGCCAGCCGGGAAAAGACCCCACUCAUUGACCUCUGUGAUGGUCAGGCUGAUCAGGCUGCCAAGGUAGAGAAGAUGCGCCAGAGCGUCCUCGAGGGGCUCAGCUUCUCCCGGCAGAGCCACACGCUCCCUUUCCCACCGCCACCUGCCCUGCCCUUCUACCCUGCCUCUGCGUACCCCCGGCACUUUGGGCCUGUCCCACCCUCUCAGGGCAGGGGCAGAGGCUUUGCAGGCGUCUGUGGCUUUGGAGGCCCCUAUGGGGAAACGGUAGCAACAGGCCCUUACCGUGCCUUCCGUGUGGCGGCAGCAUCCGGACACUGCGGAGCCUUCUCAGGCAGUGACAGCAGCAGGACUAGCAAGUCCCAGGGCGGAGUCCAACCUAUACCUUCUCAGGGAGGCAAACUAGAAAUAGCUGGCACUGUGGUUGGCCAUUGGGCUGGGAGCAGGCGGGGCCGUGGGGGCCGGGGGCCUUUCCCCCUGCAGGUGGUUUCUGUCGGAGGACCAGCUAGAGGGCGUCCAAGAGGAGUUAUUUCCACCCCAGUGAUUAGAACAUUUGGAAGAGGUGGAAGGUACUAUGGCAGAGGUUACAAAAACCAGGCAGCAAUUCAGGGCAGACCUCCUUAUGCUGCUUCAGCAGAAGAAGUGGCCAAAGAACUUAAGUCAAAAUCUGGGGAAUCGAAGUCCUCUGCUAUGUCUUCAGACGGGUCCCUGGCUGAAAACGGAGUGAUGGCCGAGGAGAAGCCGGCUUCCCAGAUGAACGGGAGCACGGGUGACGCCAGGGCCCCCAGCCACUCUGAAAGUGCCUUGAAUAAUGACUCUAAAACGUGCAAUACAAAUCCUCAUUUAAAUGCACUAAGUACAGACAGCGCUUGCCGCAGAGAAGCUGCUCUGGAGGCAGCUGUCUUAAAUAAAGAAGAGUAAACUUAUUUUUUAUAGAGGGUGAAGGAUGCUGGAAGGGUAAGGAUUUAGGAAUAUCUGGAGAGAAAGAGAGCCUGCAGUUAUGUACAUUUUGUCCUUUCCGUAAGAGAAAAAUGAGGACUUUGGAAAUUCAGAUCCCUCUUUGAUAUCAGAGAUUUAAACAACACAUUUUUAGUUUUAACCAGUUGUAGUCAAAAUGCUACAAUAAAACAAAAAAGAGAAAGAAAAUGAAGAGCAUUUGACUCCCGCACUUAAAAUGAAGUACACAUAAAGUUUAAACUGGUUAUGACAAAAGCCUAUAGUUGUGUUUCUUGAACUAUAAAGAAAACAAAUUUUGGCAGUCUUAAGUAUAUAUAGCUUAAAAUAUAAUUUUUAGCAUUUGGCACCAUAUGUAUGCCAUUAUAUUUGAUUUUGCAUUACUGUUUCACAAUGAAGCUUUCUUUAAGGCUUUGAUUUUUAUGAUUAUGAAAGAAAUAAGGCACAACCACAGUUUUUCUUUCUUAAAUUUCAUCACUGUUGAUGUGGUUCUUUUGUGUUAAAAAAAAAAAAAGUGCAACUAUCAAAACUAAAAAAUUAUAGAGUAAUAUUGCCGUUCUGCUGAUUUUAAAUAUACAAUACAUCAUACAUACUUUACAAGCAAGUUAAAUGGAGAUAAAGUUGAAAUCAUAGAAGAUGCAAAUGACCUUUCAAAAUCAACACAAUGUGUUCUGAAACUUUCGUGACUCACACCAUGCAUCUGUGAUCAAUGAACUAUGUGGUUUUGAAUCGGAUGUAGACCAUUAGUACUACUACUUGAGCUAAACUUCUGCAUGGUUCAUAAUUUUUAAAGUGUGUAGUUAAUAUGCAUGUUAUCGUCCUUUCUUCCAUUCUUACCAGUAUGUGCCCAUUUGCAAAACAAAAAUGCUAAUAAUCAGUAAUAGUCCUAUAAAAGAUGUUAACUCUGUUUAGUCAUUGACUGAUCUUGCUCUAACCUUAAAAUUUUGUGAUUAUUGACCUCUGUUGCAUUUAUUCUAAAGCCCCCCAAAAAUUAUCUAGCCGUUUCGAAUAUCAACAUUACCCUGGUGUAUUCACUGCUGUAUGCAUUAUUGUUCUUUGUUGCUGUUUUAUGCCUUCAUAUUAGCAAAUAUGAAAUUCUGUGAAAAAAAAACCCUUUGAUCUUAAAAAAAAAAAAACCACCCCCCCCUUCUGUAGCAGGAAACAAAUUGCUUGUUCUUGAGAACUUUCCCAUCAAGAAUUUAGUAGAAGCAGGUAUACUUCUAUCAUUUUGAUGUUUUUGUUAAUGUUUCCAAACAAUGUACUUUGAAAUCAGAAUCACUUCUUAUCGUUUUCAUAUACUUCUGAUGCUCUUCAUCACAUUAGUGAUCAGAAAUGAGGUGUAAUUCCCCAACCCCUGCCCGCAAGAGCUAAGUAGGAUCUUACUGUAAGUUGAAGGGAGUUUUGCCCUAACUCAUGGAUUGUGCAAGAAUGAACUGCUGUUGGGUUUGAUUGACUGUCGAUGGAUUGUGGUGUGGUGUAUCUGAAGGCUAUUGAAUGCAACUUACAAUGCUUAAUAAAAAUCUUUAUUCUUUUAGUAUAAA